AUGCAGUAUGAAACAGAAUCUUGGAGUGGUUACCUACAGGAAGAAAUAGAGAGAAUGGCUUCAAAGAAUGCAGUGGUGAUGUUCAGCAAAAAUACAUGUUGCAUGUGUCAUGCUAUAAAGAGGCUCUUGUGUGGAAUGGGUGUCAACCCAACAGUUUAUGAAUGCAAUGAUCACAAUCCCACUUGGCAGAACGCCUUGUUUAGUCUUCUUGGCAACUCCUCCACCCCCUCUCUGCUUGGUUUCUUCAUUGGUGGCAAGCUCGUUGGGUCCAUGGACAGUAUCAUGGCAGCUCAUAUUAAUGACAUAUUAGUUCCUCUUUUAAAAAAAGCUGGUGCUCUCUGGCUUUGA